AUGGCUUCAUCUCCACAAAACCGCGAAACUCAUGGCUGGCGUUUCUGGGCCGUGUUCCCAGGACUCUGCUUCUCCAUCUUGCUCGCCGGUCUGGACACUUCAAUCGUAGCGACGGCCCUGCCCACAAUCGCCGCAGACCUCAGAUCCGGAGCCUUGUACGUCUGGGCCAUCAAUGGAUACUUUCUCACCACGGCAGCGGUGCAGCCACUCUUUGGCCAAGCGUCGGACAUUUUUGGCCGUCGCAUGCCCAUGUUGCUAUCGAUUGCCCUCUUCACCCUGGGUAGCGGGCUCUGUGGGGGUGCCAAAGACACGCCCAUGCUGAUUGCUGCCCGCAUGAUCCAAGGACUCGGGGGAGGCGGCCUGUUUGUGAUGGUCGACAUCAUCGUGGCCGAUCUGGUUCCGCUGCGUGAUCGACAGCUCUAUAUGUCAAUUGUCAUGGGAACCUUUGCCUUGGGGACAUUCAUCGGACCCAUCAUCGGAGGCGUCAUCGUCAACGACAUCUCCUGGCGAUGGAUCUUCUACAUCAACCUACCCAUUGGCGGCACGGCCUUGGUCUUGGUCUUUCUCUUCCUACGAGUCCACUACAAACGUGAAGGCACGCUGGCUGGCCGCCUGAAAAGGGUCGACUUCACAGGGAACCUGCUUUUGACGGGGGCCGUCGUCGCUGUCCUCAUCGCCCUGACAUGGGGUGGGACAUUACACCCUUGGGAUUCGUGGCAUGUGCUCGUCCCGCUGCUCGUCGGCACCGCUGGCUUAGUCGCCUUCUUCCUCCAUCAGAAGAUCUAUGCCCCAGAGCCGACCAUGCCGGUGCGCCUCUACAGCAACAGCACUUCGAUGCUAUCGUACAUCGUCACGUUCCUCCAUGGCAUCGAGAUGAGCUGGCUGAGCUUCUUCCUGCCCGUCUACUUCCAGGUUCUUCUUGAGGCCAGUCCUCUUAGGUCCGGAGUUGACCUGCUCGCCAUUGUCAUUCCCUUGAUGCCGGCGGGAAUUGUUGGAGGCCUGAUUAUAGCCAAGUUUGGCCGGUAUAAGCCGACCAUGGUAGCAGGCUACGCUCUGUUAUCUAUCGGUGUGGGCUGCCUGACGCUCCUGGAUGCCAAUUCCUCUACCGCAAAAUGGGUGAUCUUCCAGCUCAUCUGCGGUAUUGGAGGCGGAUUGGCCUUGACGGCGACGCUUCCCGCGGUCCAGGCACCAUUGCCAGAGUCAGACGUUGCCAUCGCUACCGCAUGCUGGGCAUUCGUCCGCAGCUUUGGCUCUAUUUGGGGCGCGGCCAUUCCCGCGGCCAUCUUCAACUCGCGGGUUGAUUCUUUGCUUCAUAAAGUCAGCAACCCAGAAGUCCGUGAAUUACUGAAGCGCGGCGGAGCGUACGAGCACGCGACUGCCUCCUUCAUGAAGUCGUUUAACAGCGACCUGACGACGAAGGCGGAGCUCAUCGACAUCUACACUGCGGGUAUCAAGCAGUCCUGGCAGGUCCUGAUUGCUUUCACUGUCAUCGCAGUGCCCCUUUCCUGCUUGAUCAAAGAAGUGCCUCUCCGAAAGGAACUCGUCACUGAAUUUGGGCUGGUGGAUGACGAAAAGGAUGGUGUGUCUGCGGAUGACAAUACUGAACUCGCGGCCAGAGCGACCGGAGUCGACCGGAGCGUGGCGGGAUGA